AGUCAAAGGAAAUAAAGUAUGGAUUAAAAAAUGACUCAUUGUCACUUAAUCUGAAUGGUCUGCACGAUUCUAAAUCAUAUGAAUUUAAGCUGUUGGCUCGCUUGAAGAAUCAAGUUUUUGAGUAAAAAAGAAGUACACACUGAAGCAAUCAUACACGGAAAAAGCUACGUUCCAGUAUUUGGAGGUGUAAUUGCUGGUGCUUUGACAUUUUCGUUCGUUGUCAUUAUCGUGGCUAUGUUUAUAAGAUAUAAUUACAGAAAGCGGGGAAGAAAUACCAGAUCUUCUUUUCAAAUGUCGCGUCAAACUUCCAAUGUUCUUACUUCUACCCAAGAGAACGGUCACUCGCCGAUAAAAUCGCCUUCAGAUCACCACAGCCACAACUCACCUGAUUGUGAAACGCAUCUUCAUCGAACGAAGAGAAAAAGGCAUUCUGUUGAAGAUUCAUUGGAUGUACUUUCGAGCCCGACAAAGCCAAUUCCUCUGUCAAAUCUUUUGGAGUACGUAAAAGAGCACCAAACAAACAAAAACACAGGCUUUGCUGAGGAAUUCGAGUCAAUCAGCAGAAAAGCAAAUUUCUCCUACGAUGAAUGCAAAAGAUAUAUUAAUAAAGCCAAGAAUCGUUAUGCAAACAUUGUCACUUACGAUCACACCAGAGUUUGCCUGUCAAAUACAGGUGAUGAUGGAUCUGACUAUAUCAAUGCCAAUUAUAUCGACGGAUACUAUCUUCCAGAAAAAUUUAUUGCAACCCAAGGUCCAGUUGCAGCAAUGUUUAGUGAUUUUUGGCGAAUGGUCUGGGAGCAAAAUUGCUCCUCUAUUGUUAUGGUAACAAAUCUUUUAGAAAAAGGAAAGGUUAAGUGCCAAAAGUACUGGCCAAGUAAUGAAGCUGAAUUAUUUGGUUCUAUAUCUGUUAAUCUAAUUGAAGAAUGGGAGCUUACUGACUACACUAUUAGAAAAUUUCAAAUUCAACAGAAAUACAAUGCAGAACUUCUGCAGCAAGUUACACAGUUUCACUACACAGCAUGGCCAGAUCAUGGAGUGUCAGUUCAUCCGUCUCGUCUACUUGCAUUCAUAAAGCGAAUAAGAAAUCAUUGCCACAUCACAAAUGGAAAGAUCCUUGUGCAUUGCAGCGCUGGUGCUGGUCGAACUGGCGCAUUUAUUGCAUUGGAUAUUUUGCUUGACCAAAUGAAAAUUGAAGGCAUUGUGGACGUCUAUAAAGUUGUUUCAAAAAUUAGAAAACAGAGGUGUUCUAUGGUUCAAACUGAGGCGCAGUAUAACCUUAUUUACAACGUUCUUCUCGAGCACUCUAUUGGUGGAAACUCUGAAAUACAAGUACAAGACUAUUUAGAGACUCUGAAUUCGUUGGAACAGGAAGAUCAUGUGAAUUUCCUCUUUGAAGAAUUUAAGAACUUGAAUGAGUUAUCUGUUAAUGAAAAGGAGACCUGUGUCAAUGGUUUGAUGCCAGAAAAUGCGAAAAGAAUCGAUAUAAUUUGAUUUUACCUUAUGAUAGUGAUAGGGUAAAGCUCUGGCCUUAUCCAAACGAAAAGGAUCAGACUACAUCAAUGCUUCAUUUAUUGACGGUUACAGAAAUAACGAAAAAUUUAUAGCUACACAAUCACCAUUGAAGGAGUCUGCAGAAGAUUUUUGGCGAAUGAUAUGGGAAUACGAAUGCUACGUUAUGGUCUCGUUGCUGCAUGAAAGUGAAAAUGAAGAGUUUCUGAAAUAUUGGCCUGUACAUGACGAAGAAUUUAUUGUAUUUGGACUGUUGAUGAUAGAGGUGCAUUCCAAGGAAAUUUUCGAUUCAUAUGUUCAAAGAAGUCUUAAAUGCACAAAUACAAAGAGCGGAGAAGUUCGCAAGAUUUACCAUAUGCAUUUUACGUCAUGGUUUAAAUGCAGCUUACCAGAUAGUGGAGCAUUGCUAAAUUUCAUCGAAGAAGUUGCGAAGAUUGAAAAGCAAACAGGAAUUGGGAUGACUUUAGUGCAUUGCAACAAUGGGAUUGGGAGAACUGGUUGUUUCUGCACGAUAUACAUCGCUAUGGAAAGAAUACGGAUGGAAAACGCCGUCGAUAUUUUUAGCAUCGUGCGAAUCCUACGAACACAGAGGAUGGGAAUGGUAGAAACUAUUGAUCAAUACAGAUUUUGCUACCGUGUGUUGGGUGAAUAUGUUGCCUUUGUAAACAGUCGGUAGUGAUUGAAGCUAAUGCCUUAUUCAUCUUGAGCAGUUUCCUUUCUCGAGUAAAAAUCGGUACGCCAAACGAGUUUGCGGUAUCCAUGCAAACUCGCAAUCGAGUUCAUUCUUUUAAUGCCAGAUAAGAAUACGUAAUUCAAAAUGGUAAGUUUGGAAAAUUCUCGAAAAAUCUGGAAAAUUCACUUACUUCGAGGCCUUCACGUUUUAGUUCUUUUAGGAAAGAACUCCAUUCUAAAUAAAAUGAAAGAUCGCCUUGCACUACCAAACUACAAAUAAAGUUCAUUACAAUAAUUAAUUAAGCAAAGUCUAUACGGAUCAAUUCAUACUAAUGUUUUAAGAGCAUAACCUGAAGCAUAAGAUUAAAAUUAUCAUUAAAUGUCUUGUGAUAGAUAUUAAAA